CUUCCAAGUUGACCCGAAUUUUGACCUGGCACACAGCAUCUUGUUGUAUACUUCCAGGCCUUCUACCUGCAGACCGACAGCAACCCCAUCUGUCCGGCAGCGAAUCUCCAAACGAGAAGCAAUUUAAUCGACAUGGCGCCGCCGGCGCAAUCGCAUUCGCGGUCUCAUGCGUUACUGCUUCUCCAGAAAUUACUCAAUUUGCGGGAUAGCGCCAGCCCGCUGACAUUGGUUCUCGACACUCUGGAACAAAGUGCUAGGCCAGUGAUCCGCGAUUUCAUUACCAGAGCCAAGGUAUCGAAGAGCAGGAUCAUAUUCGUGUCUUUCGCCGCCUUGGGAAAGCCGGCAGAGGCAGAUAUCCUCGUGAAAGCGCGGGGCAAAUCCGCCGAGGCGCUCCGCUCUGAGAUCGUCUCGCAUUACCCCCUUUCGGCUUCGGGCCACGCCCUCAAAGUCUUGGUGAUCGUGGAUGCCCUCAACCCCAUCGCGUCCUCCGCUCCGUCGCAGCUGGCGCAUUUUCUAUCCAGCCUCAUCACCCCUGCCGUCUCGUUGGUAGGAGUCUACCACACGGACGUACCGCUGGUUCUUCCCAGGACCUUCAAUGAGUACGAGCCGCAUCCCCUGACGGUGCUAUCUCAUCUUGCCACAGCAAUUCUUCGCGUGUCGAGCUUGUAUCAGGCUGUCGAAUGCAGGCAGGCGCGAAAUCGAAGCUUGCAGGAGCCCGAAUGGGGUCUAAAGGAAGGUCGGGAGGGCGUCUUGAUCGGACUGAGAAGCAAAGGCACGACAAGAACUGAAAAUGGCCUCGUCUUGGAGAUGGAGAUUAGAAGGCGGAGCGGUCGCUCGGUGGCAGAAAAAUUUGUCUUGGUCUCGUCGCCGGAGAAGGCGGGGAAGACAGAGUUGGCAAAAUUAAUGCUCUUGUCUGAUCAUCCGCUAUUCAGGGAUUCGAGCGAUGCAGGCGAAGAUGUUGGUGGAGGGGGCGGCGAUGAGGGCGGCACGACUUUCAAUCUGGGAUUGACGGAAAAGCAAAGAAAGGACAGGGAAGGCAUUGUCUUGCCGUACUUCGACGCACAGACAGAUAUCGGAGCUGGAGAAGGCGGUCGUAUCUUGUAUGAAAUGGGUCGCGAGGACGACUUUGAUGAUGAAGAGGAUGAGAUAUAGACUCCUGUUCAAACGCCUCAAACCCAAUACAGUGGAUAGUCAUUGUCCGAUUUGACCACAUCGGCUAAGGGCCAUACGUAUGCUACACGUGAGAAGCGUAAGAGAAGCGACUUUUGGCGAGCUCGUCAAUACAGAUGCUAUCUGAGUAGAGAUCCCUCACAGGAAGGUCCUG